AGUAAGCUUGCGAUGGGUGAUGAUGAUCAUAAGCCUCCGCCGACGACGGAGGAGAUUCGCCAGAAGAUGAUCAGCUCCUUUACUACUGAGAUCACAUCUUCUUCGGAACAAGUCGCUAUACUCAUUCUUGAAGCUCAUCAAUGGGAUAUCGCCGCUGCAAUCUCCGCCUUCAGAGACGCCGUCGUCGCAGCAGCCGACGCAGCCAGGCCAAAUGUUCCUUCGCCGAUACGGUUGCGAUCACCACGGUCUCCUUCUCGUGCCUUCUCUCCUGGCGAUGGGAACAUCCUCAGCGAUUCCGAUGAAAAAGAGAACGAAGAUCCUAUGGAAUCAGAUGAUGUAGAAAGAGAUCUAUCAUCAUUACCAAGAAGACUAAAGUUCAGAAGCUUAAGCGAAAUUCUUUCGGUUAUUCCUCAAGAGAUCCCACGCACUGUAACUCUUUAUAGGAAUGGUUACACUUUCGAUGAUGAUAAUAUAUUAUGGCCAUUGGAUGAUCCCCAAUGUGCAGAGUUUCUUGAGGUCGUAGAAAGCUUGGAGGCACCACGUGCACUCGAUUCUCCAGGUGGCAAACGGCGUGUCCUUAUCACACUCAUUAGGCGUCAACAAGAAGACUUCCAUGAGCCACCAAAACCAUUCCAAGGAGUGGGAAGAACUCUAGCCGAGCCAGACUCUGUCCCACCAGCUUCAUCCGACUCACUGACCGCAGAAGCAACACCAUCAACGGAUCCCACAGCUCCAACAACCUCGAUCAAGGUCAUAUUAGCGGACGGCACACCCAUUGUCUCCCGGUUCACUACUACUCACCAUACCAUCAGAGACGUUCGAAACUUCAUUGACGCGGCUAGACCAGAUGCUUCCAGAGACUACCAAUUACUCAUCAUGGGGUCGUCUCCUCCUACACCACUGACGACUGACUUAGACCAAACCAUCGAGCAAGCUGGCAUCUCGAACGCUGUUCUCACUCAGAAGUUCUAGACCUUCCUCUUAAGCACAUAAAAGAUCAAUUCUUUAGGUUACUACACAUGU